UGCCAGUGUUUCCGUCAACUUGUCCCUAUGCAGUCGAGUUUUAAUCCAUUCUGGUAUAAUACACAUAAAGCAGACUCUCUCUCUCUAUCCCAGUGUGCGUGCUUAGACAUAAUAGAUUGUGCGGCCUGUUUGAACCAAAACAACAAGCUGAUUGACUGACGUCCGGUACUUGUGGCCAAAGAACAGGAAAAAGCGAAACCAAAAUUGAAAUAAAAAGAGAGCCUUGGUAACUACCAACGACAGUUGCUCUACCCUUGGUCGACGCCAGGUGGUCCGAGGAGAAGAAAAAUACUGGGCAGAGAAACCAUCCAAAGCCUCCUUCUCUUUUCUGCUCAUAUCUUUUAACAGACUACGACUCUUGUUGCCCAGUGUGUAGCGUGACUCAGCCGUGGCGAGUAACCGGCGUCAGCAGCAGCCCCCCAAACAUUUCGGUCGUGUGAACUAAUCGCAUCUUUCAAUCAAAAAUAAACGUUUCAUUGUUAUUUGUCGGAUUUCGACGGAAUGGCACGCGACGACUAAAAAAGAAGAAUCCUCUCAACUGCUUUCCUUGGUAACUUUGGGAAAUGAUCCCAGCAGGACGACGACUAUCGACGCUAUUCUGAAGAUCCUGGAGAUUAUUCGGAAUCCAUGGAACUUGGAAUAGUCUUUCUCUACUCGUUGCUGCUUGUCACAGCGAGAUCACAACCGGCUCUAAGCGGUUCAACGCAUCGUGACGAAUGGCCUGAAUCGCCACCGCUGGCUGCUGGGCCAAAUGAAGAACGGAUCGAUCCGUUGAUGAGAGGCCGCGACGAAAACCCCGUAAUAACGUCAUCCGCUCUUGAAGAACAAUUGAAGAAUGACGCAAAUUCAGUCAGCGUGUCUGACGUAACUCGCGUCCAUCGGACCAUUUCAGAUGUGACAGGAAGAGGAAAGCGACGAUGGAAGAAACGAGCCGCGGAAAUCCUAGUCGGCACGAGCGUCAAACAUCAGGUGGCCGGCGUAUCCUCGGCCAUUUUGCCGCCGGAAACGUCCACGCAGCCGCCACCACCACCAGUGACGUCCGUGUCUAAUUCGACCCAUGUCCCCGAUUCAUCAUCGCAGACUGCGGAGGAGUCCGUCGAGCCCAGCAGCUCUGAACCUGCGACAACUUAUUUCCUAUCAUCCAGCACUCCUAGCACUCCCACUACAUUGAUGGAAACCACUGCAUCCGUCACCGGUGUCGACCUCCCCUUAUCGUCGUCGUCCAUUCAACCCGAGCUACAAGAUGAAUCGGUCCAGUCAUAUCAGACCGUUUCAACUUCUGCUCAGAGUUCGACAACAACUACAUCAACUACUACACCAGCCAACAGCAAUGCGGAUGAAUAUGUUGCGGACGAUGCGUCGAGUAGUUCGUCGACGACGGACGCCAAUUUGGACGACGAAGAGACUACAAUAGUCACAGAUCAAAUUACCAUUUCGCCAUCGCCGAUUCAGCAUCCGGAAAUGGAAUCUGAACAUGCCAACACUUGGCCCGCUUUGAUGGACCAAGUUAAUAACCAUCCGACGACGACGACUAGUCCCGACACUUCAGCCCGACCGUUGCUAGCCGUGUCAUCUGUCGUGGCCGUUGGACGGGCCCUGUCACAAGAAGAAAGCGUUCCAUGGCCGGAAGCCAAGUCGACGAAAGUGAUUGGCACAAUCAUCGAAGACAUUCACGGACCUUUCAGCGAUGGCGUUUCCUCCGUCAGCACCAUCAGCCCGGAUGUCCUUACUAGCAGUGGAAUCGCUGCCAUCGUCAUGUGCAUUUUCCUGGUUCUGGUGACUACAGCCGGUGCCAGUGGAUAUUGGUGGUACCGUCGGCGUUACCUGCUGAACCGUCCCGAAACGCUGAGCGAACGCUACGCUCCGUCCGAGACGGGCCUGGGGGCUGCCGACGACAUUUUCCGCGUCGGAUACGUCCAUUCUCCCGAACUUCCGAGGCAGGACAGUUCAGAAGAGAUGUAUUCCCUCGAUAAUGACUCCUUCUUGACGAGCCUGGAAGCCAUGACGAUUCCUACCUACUGGACCGAGACCAUCAAACAUACUAAACUAUAAUAAAGUUAGUUAGCCCCUAUUUUAUUCUUCGCCUUGGAGCUGCAUUUCACUGGAAAUUGGCCUACUACAGACACGACAGUCAUGGGAAGGAAGAACAAAUCUUUUGUGUUUCAAACCACAAUCGAGUUACAUUCCGACGGUUGGGCAACACAUAUAGACAUAGCAGCCGAGUGAUGACUUCGCGUAUAUUCAUAUUAUAUAUAUAUAUACUGAGCGUAUUGAUUAUUGUGUCGAGCGGUGUGUGUGUGUGUGUAGUGUAGUGUGCGAGUGUGUAGAGAGGAAAAAACGGGACAGGCACAAUUUAUAUGGUGCGCACGUUAGAGAUGCCUGCCCAAGUUAUAUACGUACUACGUCAGUGUACCGGAUGAGUUGUGCUGUGUUAACUGUAGACGUAUCAUCAGCAGCAUCACCAUUCCAGAGACUUUAAAAGAGUUACUUUUUAAUGCGAUUCCAUCCGAGUUGUAGUACAUUCCUACUACUUUUCUUAACCUGUUUGGCCUGAAAAAGAAAUUAGGAACAAGUUUACUCUAUCCUGCCCACAUAAUACCGUAAGUAAUUAUUUAGUAGAGGUAUAUUUAUACUUAAGUCUAAUCAUAUUUCAUUUGAAAAUGAAAAAUUUUAAAAUUUGAUUUCGUGUGUCUUAAACAAAAAAUUAUACUUUUGACUCGACUAUAAACAUACGGGUUGGGUAAAAAAAACGUAAUGGGGUCAUUCUUGAUGACGAUAGGAGAAGAAAAAAAAUUCCGUCUUUUAUUGUUAUUGGGGAAUUUACCGACUCCCGUUUCCCCUUCUCGGAUGUUCCGAGUAAUAAACUUUUACCUAAUAGACCCUGGGUAGGAAAAUGUUUAUUUUUCGGCUGAAAAAUUCUCGUUUAUGUAUACAAUAUAUAUAUUUACAUAUAAACAUAAUAUUAACCUAAUCGCUCACCCCAUUUAUUUUGUUUUUUAACAUUGUUUUCGGUGUGUCUGUACCGUAUUUUUGUUUCUUUUGAAUCUGUGGUCCCUCAUCUUAUAACCGCGCGCGUCUCCUGAUCUCGUUCUCUGAAUUGUUUCGUUUUCUUUCCCGAUUAAAUUCUUUUGUAACCCGCAAUACACUUGUACGCAUAUCGAUCAAAUAA